AUGGAUACAAUGAGGAUACGGAUUCAAUUGACCACAUCUAAUAUAAAUCUGACACUUCCGGCUUGUUUUCGAAAAUGUCUUCAGUGUGGAGAAGAAAAUUCAAAUCCGUAUUAUCAAUUUUGUUUUAUAUGUUUUCGAUAUCGUAAGGAAUUUUUCAAAAAAAGACCAAAGCCAAAAAACAUCAAAAAAUUGAAUAAGAAAGUAAGCAAUUUAAUUAAAGAAACAAAUUUUAAGAAAUCAAAUUCAAAUAACAUGUUUCCAAAUGAAAAUAAAUCAAAUGAGGAUAAUGGGCAAAAUAAAGAUAACUUAUGCAUUAUUUGUUGUUUAAACCAAAGAAAUGGAAUAAUAAACCACGGGAAAAUUGGGCACAUUGUAACUUGUUAUUCUUGUGCUAAACACUUAUGGAGUACGUCAAAUACAUGUCCUCUUUGUAAUGUCAAAAUUAAAUGUGUAACAAAAAUGAUUGUUGAUUAAUUUUAAAUGUCUUAUAAUAUUAUGCAUAAUAUUCAUACAUA